AUGUGUAGAGGGUUCUUAUGGAGUAAAAAUGAUGGUAAAGCUGGCCUGCAUUAUGCAUCUUGGGAUCUACUUUGUAGACCGGAGAAUAAAGGUAGUAGAGGCUUAUUUUCAGCAGUUAUGAAGGUUGGUCCUUUAUGUGCCAAAUUUGCUUGGAUUUUUUACUCAAAGCCAAAUACUCUUUUAAAUCUUAUUCUUGGAGCUAAGUAUGGAGGAGACUUGUGGUCAGGAAUAAUGAAGAAAGGUUGUUCUUCAACUUGGAAGAUCAUCACUAUGGGAGCCAAUUUUCUGAAAAAUAUUGUUAGAUGGGAAGUAUCCAAUGGUAAUUCAAUCAUAUGGAUGCAAAGCUCCUGGAUUUUGGACAGAUGUAUUGUGUCGUGGCCUACAUUUGUCAAUAUUCAGGAAGAAUCUGAUAUCUUUCUUAGCUCUUUUAUUUCUAAUGGCCAUUGGAAUCAGGAUAAAUUGAGGGUUGUUAUUGGUGAACAGCUUUUGAACCUUAUUUGUGAAAUUCCUAUUAGAAAUGACAGGAUUUCUGAUACUAUUGAACUGAAAUGUAAAUUUACGGGAAAGUCUAUUACAGCCUUGGCGUUUGAGGAUGCUAUGGUUCAUAUGGAAGAGACUGCUGAGUGGAAUUGGAUGAAGAAACUUAAGUUGAAACCAAAAAUUGAACUUUUUUGGUGGAGACUUUGUAUUGAUGCCAUUCCCUCUAACUCCUUUCUUAUGAAAAGGAAAAUUAACAAUUUUUCUGGUUGUCCAAGGGGUUGUGGAGAAGAUGAAGAUAGCAGCCAUUUAGUUGGGAAAUGUUCGAAGCUCAGGAAGGUUAUUGCUCUGCUUAAUAGUUGGGGCUUUCUGGUUCCCAUUUUUAAUAGUCUUGAUGAAUGCUUGGAAGGUCUUCAGACAUAUGUGGGGAACAAUUCUCUUUCAGCAAAUAUUUUUUGUACCACGGUUAGUCUUGUUUGGAGGAGCAAGUGUAAGCUAGUACAUGGCAAAGUUGAGGAUUCAGAUAAUUACAUUGCUGCUAAUGCUAUAUCGUUGGCUGUGAGAAGUAACUUUUUAAAUAUCCAAACAGAAAACUGGGAUGCUAACCAACUUUGGUUGUUUUCUACUUGGCAUCUUCCUCCUCCCGGAUGGAUUAAAAUUAAUAUAGAUGCAGCUCUUAUGAGGAAUCAUUCGGCUAGGAUCGGUGGCGUUGCCAGAGAUGAGAAGGGACGUUUUUUAAUUGCUUUUGGAAAUCAUUCUUUACACUGGGACGUAUCAUAUCUGGAAUUACUUGCGAUUUUAUAG